UUUCACUUAUGACAGUUGUCGUCACUCUCCUUACAUAUACUAUGGCGACUACAUAAUCGAACAAAAUAAACAAAUUUGUUAUGUGGGGAGCAGUAAAUAGACCUGGUCAGCAGUAUUUCGAUUGACUAUUUAAACUGAAAGCUUUAUCUUGAAUAGUGAAAAUUUUGAAACUGUUAUGUUUCGGGCAACGCAGAAAUAUAUUUCAAUCAAUGGUUGCAAUGUUCUAUCUAUAAGUUUCAGCAGAUAUGCGCAUCAUACAAAUCAUUACAAAGUGUUGAAUCUAAAACCCACUUGUAGUUCGAAAGAAAUUAGAGAAGCGUUUAUUACACUCUCGAAGGAGCUGCAUCCGGACGCAAAUGUUAGCAAAACCAAUCGGAAAGUUAACUCAAAAUCGUUUGUCCAGCUUUUGGAAGCUUACAAAGUACUCAGUAAACCUGACGCUAGAGCUCGUUAUGACUAUGAACUGUUGCAACAAAACCGAGCAGCUGGGCAUCAAACAGACUAUCGAUUUUGGCAACCGAAUCCUGCGCACUAUCAGAAGCCCGACCCCGGAUCCUACUACGGUAUUAAAGGUGUUAAACGAGUGAGCAACUGGACGAUUGUUCUGUUUUGCGGCGUGUUUAUGACCAUAGGAAUAAUAUUGCAAGUGAUUGCCAUUAACAAAUCCGUCACAUUUAAACGUGAUCAACUAGACGAAUCUUCACGAAAGAACGCCAUCGCUCAUGCACAAAUUCGUGCCGAAGCUGAAGUCAUUGGAAAUGAUGCUCAAAUCGAGCGUAUGAAGGCAACGAUGAAAAAAGAUACAGUAUGGUAGCAUAUUAGUUUAUGAACCAUACUAGUGUAAUGUGUGUACAUUUGUAGAUAAUUCUUAUUCUGUAAACCUAGAGUAUGUAAAUGAAAUAUAUAGUAACAAUUGUA